AAGUACUCUCUCUCAAUCACUAAGAUCAUGGCGACCUCUUAUACUCGUUCCUUCCAUUUUUAUUAUUUUCCCGGGAAAACGAGGUCAGAGAGAGAGAGAGAGAGAGAGAGAGAGGAUCUCCAUUAUCGUGUUUUUGUUACCUUUUGACAUCGUCAAAUUUUAUAAAAAUUCCGUAAUGGCACGCAUUUCUCCUCUCUCUCCAGCUUAUUUCCAGGUCUUCUCUUUGUAAAUAAACCCUAAUUUUUUGUAAUUAGAAAAUCUUAGUUGUUUCCAGUUGCAGCAGAGCGGAAUAUAGUUUGUUUUCUUGUUUCUUCUUCUCAUUGAUUACUCAAUUGUUUUCUGGUUUAUCGAUUGCUAGUUUCAUUACUGGUUUUGGGGAGAGACGAUAUCAAUGUGCUAAACACAGAGAGAAUUGAGUGUCUGUUCUUCUGGGGAAGAAUCACAAGCAGAAGAUAAUGUCUGACUCGCCUACUUCUUCUCCACCAGCACCUUCUGCCGAUUCAGCUCCGCCGCCCGCUAACUCCACCGGUGGAUCUGCUCCUCCACCGACGGAUUCUGCGCCGCCUCCAAGCCCGCCGGCUGAUUCAUCUCCGCCGCCUCCUAGCCCGCCGGCUGAUUCAUCACCACCGCCGAGUACCCCAUCUCCACCACCGGCGACUCCUCCGCCAGAAUCGUCCAAUCCGCCGCCUCCACCGCCGGAUUCCCCUCCCCCUCCUCCCCCGGACGCUCCACCUCCAGCUGAUCCUCCACCGGAGCCAACAAACUCCCCUCCUCCUCCACCGGAGGAAUUCGAAUCACCACCUCCUCCGCCAAAUGAAGACGAUAGUAGUCCUCCUCCACCCACUGAAGACGAUAGCCCUCCUCCACCUCCGCCUCCGGAAAAAUCGUCUCCUCCUCCGGCGUCUUCACCGAAGGGAGGACCCAAGAAGCCGAAAAAAAAACCACCACCACCACCACCGGGACCCACCAAAUCCCCUUCAGCACCAACCAAGUCUCCUCCGGCACCAGCUAAAUCUCCUCCGGCUCCUCCAAACGCUCCGCCGCAAAACACAUCUCACGCAAUACCACCCAAGUCCGCCGUUGCAGGUGGACCACUCAAGUCGCCAUCUCGCGGAGUCCCCAGCGCCGGAAUCUCCGUCCCGCCACCUCCACAACAAGGUGGCUAUCAAGGGAAGACUAUGGCCGGAAUGGCAGUAGCCGGAUUUGCAAUCAUCGCUUUGAUCGCCGUCGUUUUCUUAGUCAGAAGAAAGAAAAAGAAAAACGUCGAUGCCUACAGUGACUCACAGUACUUGCCUCCUUCAAACUUCUCCAUCAAAUCAGAUGGAUUUUUAUACGGUCAGAAUCCAUCAAAGGGAUACUCAGGUCCUGGUGGUUCAAUGUACAACACACAGCAACAAUCCAAUACCGGAAACAGCUUCGGGAGCCAAAAAGGAAGCCAGAGAGGUUACACACAGUCAGGGAGUACACCUGAUUCAGCUGUGAUGGGAAGUGGUCAGACGCAUUUCACAUAUGAAGAGCUAAUGGACAUAACCGAAGGAUUUGCUCGGCAAAACAUACUCGGAGAAGGAGGGUUUGGGUGUGUGUACAAAGGUAGACUACAUGAUGGGAAACUAGUUGCGGUUAAGCAGCUCAAGGUUGGUAGUGGACAAGGUGACCGUGAGUUUAAGGCAGAGGUUGAGAUCAUUAGCCGUGUUCACCAUCGCCAUUUGGUUUCUCUGGUUGGCUAUUGCAUUUCGGAUGUCGAGAGGUUGCUUAUCUAUGAGUAUGUUCCUAACCAAACCUUGGAGCAUCAUUUGCACGGUAAGGGAAGGCCAGUGCUAGAAUGGGCUAGGAGAGUCCGAAUCGCUAUAGGUUCUGCCAAAGGUUUGGCGUAUUUGCACGAAGACUGUCACCCAAAAAUCAUUCACAGGGACAUAAAAUCCGCAAACAUUCUGCUGGACGAUGAGUUUGAAGCUCAGGUUGCUGACUUUGGACUUGCCAAACUCAAUGAUUCAACACAAACCCAUGUAUCAACUCGCGUUAUGGGAACCUUUGGGUACCUGGCACCAGAAUAUGCACAAAGUGGAAAACUGACAGAUAGAUCAGAUGUUUUCUCGUUUGGGGUUGUUCUCUUAGAGCUUAUAACUGGACGCAAACCAGUUGACCAGUACCAGCCUUUGGGAGAAGAGAGUUUGGUCGAAUGGGCUCGCCCGCUGCUUCACAAAGCCAUUGAGACCGGCGAUUUCAGCGAUCUGGUUGAUAGACGGCUCGAAAAGCAUUACGUUGAGAAUGAAGUUUUCAGAAUGAUUGAAACGGCUGCUGCUUGUGUUAGGCAUUCCGGUCCAAAACGUCCACGCAUGGUUCAGGUUGUGAGAGCAUUGGACAGUGAAGGGGACAUGGGAGACAUCAGCAACGGAAUCAAAGUGGGACAAACCAGUGCUUAUGACUCCGGUCAGUAUAACUCAGAAAUCAUGAAGUUCAGGAAAAUGGCGUUUGGUUUUGAUGACAGCUCAGAUUCAGGGAUGUACAGUGGAGACUACUCUGUCCAAAGCUCCCGGAGAGGAUCCAACGGAGCCUCUGCUGAGUUUACAAGGAACGAAUCCGAGAACCGAAACUUCAAUAACCGGCGGUUCUGAUUCAAAGAUAGGUGAAGUUAUCAUACCUCUUCGCUUUGGCCUUUGCCUUAUUAUCCCCCUCAUGCUUGAGCUCUCUGUUGUACAGCAUUAAUGCUAUUUGUAUUUUUGUGUGAGAUACAUUUUCUUGCUUAGCUACCUUUAGUUUUGCUCCAUAAUAUGGCCAUAUGCCUCAAAAGCCUUGAUUAUAGGUGAGAAC